AUGGUCUCAUUCAAGCAACUCAGUGCCGCCGGAGCUGCGCUUCUCACUGUUACGCCUCAAACCAUUGCGGAGCCAAUCGAGGCCUCGCCAAAGCACCAUCUAUCUCAGUUGAUCGCUCGCUCCAUUGUCGAUUCUGCACCUUCGGAGGCGCUCGAGCUGUGGGCGCGUAAUGAUUUUGACGGCGAUGACCUGGUCAAUGCGCUUUCCCGGGCCGUCUCCGAUGACGAGAUUGUCGCUGACCUUGCGGCCCGUGGCUUCAUGAGCAAGUUUAUCCACAAGAACAAGGAACAAGACAAGUCCAAGUAUCCUGCUCAGUCCAAAAAGCCAGAGAAGGGGCUCCCCGCCAUGCCAUCCAGGAAGCAGGCCGAGGCUGGCGUGCGAUACAAGGCUCCCAGCCGAUCGUCUACCGGCGGCGGUCGAGCCAGGCCCAUCCCAAAGAAGGCCCACACAAUGAGGCGAGACCUUGCAGACGAGCUCGAUGUUCGUGGCUUCAUGAGCAAGUUCAUCCACAAGAACAAGGAACAAGACAAGUCCAAGUACCCUGCGCAGUCUAAGAAGCCAGAGAAGGGUCUGCCAGCUAUGCCUUCUCGAAAGCAGGCUGAAGCUGGUGUGCGAUACAAGGCUCCCAGCGGAUCCUCGUCCGGUGGUAGAGCUCGACCUGUGCCCAAGAAGGCCAAGACGAUCUAG